GUACGUACGUACGGCUAUACAGCGAAGGGGUGACAAGAACGUUCUCAGAAUUGGUGUCCAGAUAAUACUAUAUAAUUUGACGAUUUGAAGAGAUCGUGAUACAGUCAUGGCCCGGACGUGCAUUCUUUGUGCAAAUAAAAUUCAGGUUCCAAAUAAUAAGUACAGAUUGACUUCGAAACUGCUUAAAAACACAAACUUAUCUAUUGCAGAAGUCCUCAAAAAUAAUUGGGGCGUGCGCGUGCCUCUUUCAAACUCAAAAGACGAACAUUCGUAUUCGUUAGGCCAAGGCCCAUGCCCACUUAUUAUUUGUAGGGCAUGUCGUUUAACUUUGUCAUCUGUAACAGCUAAACGGCAUGACUUCGACGUUGCCUUAUCCAAACUGUACGACAAAUCAGCCCCAACUGCUUACAUAGGUCGCGAGUUAAGAGAGUUCAUAUCAACUUUGAGAGGAGUAGUAUCCAUUUCGACACCCUCAUCCGCAAGCUCCUGCGCUCGUACCCCAUGUGGCCAAGAGCGAUCUACAAGUACAAGUAUAACUUCCAAAGACGCCCUCUGAAGAAGCCUAGGUUUUCAAGAUCAACAGGAUCAAGUGACAUACAAACACAGACCCCACGUUAUACUCGAUGUCAAUGUCAGGAGAUCGAAAGCCACUCCAACCACUUGGGACAAGUACAACUACAAGUGAGAAAACUCGCGGCUAAGUAUGUGAGGAGCAGCAAAUAUGGGCGUGCGUUUAAACUUCUCAAAAAUAAGAGCGCAGCUUUCACAAGAGCGGUACAAAAGAUUGUUCAAGAUGCAACUCGAGCUGAGAUCCGGAAUAUUUGCAAACCGUCGACGAGGUCUGUGUGGAGGAGCUCUACUGAAGGAAAAAAACUCCAAAGCUUUCAGUCAUUCUCUUGGAAAGAAGCGCUUUCAGAAGCAAGGCAACAGUGUCCUUUCCUGCAUGCAGCCAUAAUCGGAGCUGCAACGGCUAACGGAAAAAGCGACCGCCGAUCUCGGGGAAGCAGUGGAAUCGCUCGUCAUGUGAGACCUGCAGUAGGAGCAAUCUUCGGGAUGUUGGCGUUUAUGGGAAACCCUAAAACAAUGAGACUGUUGCAAGAGCUCGUUGGCAUUCAACUUUGGCUCUCCAACUGUGGACGUGAGACAUUCCAGAGGUUAAAUGGUCUCGGUAUGUGCACAUUCAUGGAUAGGACAGCAACCUGCAUCGACACUAUGAUCAAGGAAUCUGAUCGUGACAUCUUGGAAAAGAAAAAGGAACUAGAAGCAUGUGAGGCUCCAAUAACAGCACAAGAACCAGAGCUGGCAACAUUCAGCGACCCAUCUAAUGCAGCUGAAACAAACCAAGUGGAAAGUUCCAUUUCCAGCAACAAAGCGGAUGGGCCUGAAAAUCCAGAAGAGACUACUUCAAUGGGCAGAACUGACGAAUCUCCGGACAAUCUGGAUGAGACAAUGGAUGAUUCGCCCCCGGAUGGAACGGAGCCUGCCAAAAUUGGGUACACCCUAGUAUUUGACAAUGCCAGCCAGAUGAUGCACGACAGGUACAAUAGGGGCAACAAGGGUAACAAGGAGCUCAAAAUGGUGAAGGCAUAUGCAGCGUUUGAUCGUGUGCCCUCCUACCUUCUGAGUGACACUCCUCCCACCGCCAACGACAUUCUGCGGAUAGAUCCCCAGGUGUACUUACCAAAUGACAGUGAUGAGACCCUCCUUAGACAAGAGUACACUGUCAUAGUCUCAAGGAUUCUAACACGACUGAUGCCUUGCUUUCAACGAUUCGCUGAGCACGUCAAAAACCACAUACCACAUCCAUACUUCAAAGAAUCCAAGCAGAAGAGUAAAAUAGUACCGUUAGGUGUCUUGAUGAAAGACGAUGCAAAAACUUACGAUAUGGUCGACAUUCUCCAGAGCUAUCACGGCCUUGUACCCUACCAAGAUGGCGAGCCAGUCACCACAGUGCUGUAUGGAGAUGGACUUAGAUGCGAACGCGCACGUGAUGCGCUAAAUUCCAGAAGAAACGCGACAAACUCGUUCGACCGCCUGGAGGGUCUUCAUCCCUCGAUCCAAGAAAGGCACAAACGUGGCCUUCUCUUAGAGGAUACCUACAAAUUGCUGUAUGAUGUGCGCAGCUCGGGUGACGUUGGAACACUCAGCUUCAUCAAGAACAAGUUUGGCCAUCGGAAAUUUAAUCCAGACAAAGUGAUUCACGCCUUCAACUCCGCCACAGACUUAUUGCAACUUUCUACGGAAGCGUAUGUGGUUGCCGCCGCCUGUUUGCAUGUUGAGAUCGAUGAUCCAAGCAAGAUGCCAAAAGAUCUUCCAGAAGGAGAUGAAGGAUUGCUGUAUUUUCAAGAUGUUGUUGAGUUAGUGGUGGAGAUUGCAUUCCAGUAUUUGGACAAACCAGAGAUUACAGUCCAGCAUAUGGAAGAACCUGAAAGCGAGAUCCAUGCGUAUCCAUACUGCAUCUGUCACACCGAUAUUGAGGAUGAUAUGUUGUUUUGUGAGAACCCUUCAUGUCGUCGUGGAUCUUGGUUUCACCUUUCCUGCAUGAAUAUGUCACUAGAAGAUGUACCAGAGGAUAAGUACUACUGUUCCAUAGAGUGUUCUCAAGCAUCACAGAAGAAAAAAAGAGUGUUUGUCUUCCACGCUACCGAUGACCAUGUCUUCCAGUAUUCCAGAGCAAUGCUCUUUAGGGGGCUGGGAGAAAGGGCGCGAUACGAUGCGAUCAGAGAAAAUGAUGGUGAUCGUAUCAUUUCUCAUUGGCGAUUUGACAUGGUAGACUUCUACAACAUGCAGCACCCGAAAUAUUUCAUUGAAGGUUUCCAUCUGCUUACCGACAUGAAUGGCGGUGUACCGGAGCGUGUGGCGCAUCAACUGAAAUGGAACCGAACAGUGAACGUGCGUGGUGGAAGAGGUCACAACAUAUCCAUGGACUUGGCAAUGGAUCAUCUCAAAGAAGAAUUCAAAGUUGCUGUCAAGUCAUGCAGUGGAAACAUCACUCCGAGUACAAUGAAGCAUUAUAGCAGAGUGGUAGGUAUUCAUAAGGACUUUAAGUGUAACUUUGAUGUGCACUUGCCCAAAACCAACCAUGGAAGUCGAAACACGCAGGAAGGCACGUUGGAGCUGGCGAAACUGCUUUUGGAGCAUAACUGUUUGGAGCAACUCCCAGGAAGGAGUCAUGCUGGCUUUAGUGAUUUUGUAUUCAAACAUGCUCUAACACAGCCGGAUAUAUUCAUUGAGUGCAUAGAAAAUCACAAGCUACAACGCGUCCAUGGAAUGGACGUAGCUCAUGCAAAUGUGUCAGUUGAAGAAGAAGAAUCUCAAGAAACACUUUAUGAAGCAUUCCUCCUACCAUCCUCUCCCCUUUAAGUUAUCAUUGAAUUAUCCUUAUCUUUGUACGUGUUGAUAGGAGAAGAUUUGUCACUUCAAUAUUUCCACCUCCUUUACCAGGACAACUGUUUGUGCAGAAAGUGCAUCAAAGGCAUUUCCUGCACUAUCACAUGAUACGCUUCUCGUUAUGUUGUGGGAAAUCCUGAUUCCUGUCCUCUAUUCCUGGGAGAUUGAAAUUCUUCAGAAUGGUGCUUCCGAUACAACCUCUCUCUGCAAGGAUCCUUUUUACUGUCUCGCAGGUACAGUCAUUAAUAGAUCUAGGAUAUGCAUACAUCAGUGAGUAACCUUGAUGGCCGUCACAAGUGCAUCUGCCCAUUUAUUCCACUCCCCAGUUCACGACAUCAUCAACAUCUUGUGACCUGAAUGUCUAGGCCAAAGGCCACUGUUGCCACCACUUCUCUGAUGGUACCUUUGGGGAAUUCCAUUCUUAUUCUUUUCACAUCUUCUUCCUCUAUCUUGCUGUGGAUCGUGUCCACCAUUCUGUUUGUCCUUUUUACUUCAUCCGCAUACGCAUGGCUGCCAAGUUCUGACAUCAGCCACAUAUAGAAAUGUUUACAUUGCCUCAUAUUGACAGUGCACACUAUUUCUUUUUAUGCCUCUGUUGCGAAGUAGCCAGAAGCAUUAUGUUUUCGGGUUGUCUGUCCAUGCGUCCCGUUUUCGUGAUCGCGAUAUCUCAAGAACCGACUGAUGGAUUCCUGCCAAACUUUGGUCAUGUAUGUAACUUUCAGAGCAAUGAACUGAUUAUUUUGAUUUACGUCCAGUAGUCUUGAUGUUGUUGAUUAGCCAGCCUAAGGAUUUUGAGGGACCUUGGGAAGUCUGUUGAUUGUGGAGAUAUAUGUUGGGUCUGCAAAAGGAAAUGAGAACAUUAUUUAUUUCUUGUAGCAUUCCAUGUUUAUACAGGUAUGGAAAUGUAAUAAUUGAUCUUGUAAAGAUUUGAUUUUUCAGGCUAACAGUAAUUCUGUCUGGGAUGUUGAGACCAGACAUGUCCAGUUUAACUUAGAAGGAAAAAGUAAAACUUGUUUUAUAGCACGCAGGAUUAAGAGAAUAAAUGCAUAUCAUUAAUUUAUGCAACAUAGAUAUAAGGAAAAUCAUUUUUGUUUUCUUCUCAUGAUUCAGAGGAAUUUAUUAACAUCCAAAUCUUCUUCAAAAUAACAAAGCAUUAUAAAUCAUUUACCGGUAAUUAAAAAGUGACACUGAUGUCUAAUAACAAACUUAAUGAACUUAACAUAGUUUUACAAUGACAUCACUUCUAAUAACUGAAUAGGAAGUUGAUCUCUUGUGUUUCCAGUGAGUUCCCUUUGCAUCAUGUUAUUUUUAUAUUUAUAGGUGUUUUUAAUAACUUGCCUCUUAACUACAUUUACUCUUCGAUCAGAAUAGUAUGGAGGUAAUUUAGAAUAUUGAAUUUUCUUCUGAUAUAAAACGCAGUGCCUUAACAGUGUGAGAACAGAUAUGUUCAGAUGUUAAAACUCGUAUAUUAUUUAGAGAAAAUAAUGAAGUUCAUCAAAAGAGUU